AUGGAGCAAAUGAAAGAAUGGAAGAAAGAAUUCAGCCAACAGAUUGAGCUGUUCUUCAACGAAAACAAACAGUCUCAAGAAGAACUUGACAUUAAAAUGAAGGUGAUGAGUCGAAUUGAAGAAAUCAUUGAAAGGGCAGUGCCGAAUGUGCAACUUCGGUUGUAUCCAUACGGCUCAACGACGAAUUGUUGCGGGGCAAAGGAUUCGGACAUCGAUAUUUACAUGAAAGCCACCACAAGGAGACAACGGAAACACUUCCUAAAUGGAAUUCUCGGUUUUCUCGAGCUUAUGAAAGCCCAACUGACAAAGGAAUUCGGGAGUGAUUUCAAGGAGUUGGAGCUCAGAAAUGCAGCGGUUCCAAUCAUUAACAUAAUCUUUGGCGAUAAAAUCGAUUCUCGUUUUGCCAAACUUGGAUUGCUAAUUAAGAGCUGGGCUGAGAAGAACAAAAUAUAUGGAAGCGAUAAUGGAGGAAUGAAUGGCAUUUCCUACUUGGUGAUGCUGGUUCACUAUUUGCAAAAAGGAGCGAGUCCACCCGUAUUGCCAAAUCUUCAGAGCUGUAUCCCGAUGAGUUUCGUCUCGGACGCGAUUUGGAAGAGAUCAAGUUCAAAAAAUGAGUCGUCUGUUGUCGAUUUGUUGAUCGGUUUUUUCAAAUAUUAUAGCAAUUUCUCUUGGAGAACCGAAAAGAUCACAAUGGAUGAGGAUUUGUUUAUGAAAAGGGGCAAGAGAAACAAGGAUAACAUUUUUGUCAAGGACCCUUAUGGAUCUCCAAACUUGGCCAAGUUAUACAUUGAAAAAAAUGAUAAAGUAAAUACUUUAGUGGAU